GGUGCUGCAGUCGGACCGCGAACGCGCUCCAAGUAUGAUCUCGUGAAUUUCAGCAGCAGCUUCUAUAAAUAAAGAAACACGCGUUAUUUAUUGCACUUUAAUAGCAUAUACGAAAAAAAAAAAAUACAAAUUUCAAGUGAGAAAUGGUAAGACGCUGCUGCGUGGUAACGUGCAGGAACAGCCGAUCUGAGAACUGCGACGAGCGUGUGUCGUUUUUCAAAGUUCCGAGUGACCAGAAUCUCUUGGACAAGUGGUUAAAGGCAGUAAAGGAACGUGCAAGUGCCGGUGACACAAUCCUAGAGCGCAGCAGCUCGAUUUGCGAAAGACAUUUUCGUGAUGAGGAUAUAAGAAGGGAGGCGACGUUGAAGGACUCUUUUGGCAACGUUAUAUUUCAGAGACCGCUUAUCAAAUUUUCCCUCGUCAAAGACGCUGUACCAUCGAUAUUCGAGGAGGACCUGGAAAAGUCAUCGAUAAGAAAGAGGAGAAAACGGAAAGCCCCGAAGGAUCCGGAAAAUUCUAACGACGGAGCGCAACCUAAUUUUCAAGGUAAUUUUAUUCUCAGUAACGAUGGGAACCUCAACGUCAAUUACAGCAAUAUCCUGGUUACCUUUAAUGAGAAUCAGAGCAACCUCGUUAACUUCAAUGUCGCUCCUUCAAAUAACUCGCAGUCCGAGGUGAUACCAAUAACUGUCAGAAACGGUGCUCAGAAUGCCUUGAGUAAUUUAGACAAUAUUAACGGGACAUUCGAUGCCACAGCUUACUUCGUAAACGGACAAGUGAACUCGUACAACAAUGGUUAUGACAUAACGAGUCAGAAUAAAGAUAGCCAAGUCAGUGAGAAGACAGGCACAGGAGAAUCGAAUCAACCAAAAAUAAUAUCCAUACAGUAUCUUAAACCUCAAGAACACUUUACAGAUUUAUCGAAUAUUAGUAGAGAACAAAUUCAAAACCACCAUAGUAAUUUUAAAGGAUUAAACGCACCUAAGGAAGUCACGAUUAUAGUACCGCAAGAAGAAUUGAUGAUACUAAACGAGAGCAAUAAUUACGCUCACAACAAAAAUACUCAGAAAACCGUCAAUCGUCAAGUAAAAAAUACAAAUUCUAAAACGCCUGCUCCCCCAAAAGGAGGCACGUUGCAUUACCCCCUGCCGGAGUCCGAGGCGCAAUUGAACAUCCGAGCGUUCGAUCUUAUUUUCCACAACAGUCACAAGAUCAAGCUGCCCAAUGCCAUGUGGGGAUAUCAUAAGAACUGUAUAGACAAGGAUAUCAUUAUCUUCUCGAAAGCCAAGUGGUUCAAGUCGGAUGUCCUCAUCCCACCUAUAUAUGAAAAACAGGUGAUAUUCCACGAGAGCGACAACAUUAAGAUCUACAUCAACAACAAGUUCUCUCCGCUGGAAGUACGUCGACCGAAAGACGUACAGGAGAUGGAGGUAAUCUUGAAACACGUGGACGAGACGGUAGUAUGUUCGGGCGGUCCGAAUAUUGGCGAGUGCGACACAGCGCAGUGCGCCCAGAAAGACUACGCGGUGAACCGCUGGCGACAUAAGCUUUGUCCCAUCAUCAUCGGGGAAGCAGAGACCAUCUGCAAGUUCUGUAGCACCAUCAACCAGGUGCUCAGGUAUCCCAAGAAGAAAAGACUGCCUUUCGGUAGAAGGCCUCCUCCUGAUGUCGUUCAGGAGGACAGUUGAGUGGAUGACUCUGGUAUUCCUGUAAAGUAAAGAUGUGCCUGAACAUCACAGAUCGGAGCUAAUGACUGACCGAUUAUUUGCUGGCUUCCGCUGUGUGAAACAGACAAUAGUUAUUAUAACAACCAUAUACGAAAAGUACAAAGAUGGACUGCAAGAUCUUGAAAUAUUUUUACCUUUUAGAGCUUGGAUGAGUUCCAAUUAUGGUUCACAUGAUUUGAAAAAUCAAGCGUUUUUAUACUCUGAUAUACUUUACGUGCGUUCAUUCGCAAGAGCUCGUUGCCUGGAAAUGGUGUGGAGAAAGGUUUUGUUCCUAUAUACUCAAGUUAUUUGUAUCGUUAUUUUAAAUGCCACAACGUGUGUUAUAUGUGAAAUAAACAAAUUUCUAUAGCGAUUAACAAUAAAAUCCAAACUUUAAUUUCGUAUCGAGUAGCUGCGCAUCCUAUACCGAACUCGUAAUUUAUACUUAAAAAGUGUACUAAAUAAGUGUUACUUAAAAUAAAACCGUUUUAUAGUAA